AUGAGCAAGCACAAAAGCAGAGUGGCCGCAGAUAAGUACUUUGUAGCUGCAGAAGGCAAGAAUGUAGACUGCCACACGAUGGUGGAUAUAAUGCAUGGGAUUACUGUAGGCAGUGCAGCAGGAGAAACCGCCAGUGAAGUUAGUGAGGAGGAUUCGGGAGAGGAAUACGGUAAGCUGAAUAAGUCAUUUAUACUGUCAUGCAUGUCAGUGAUGGAAAGCGGAGAAAGCCUGGCGCCGCUGUUUGUACAGUACAAAUCGUUUAUCAAGCUGAUCAAGGGAGCAGAACCGGUGCAUUCAAACAAUUUUGAGUUUUCAUUGGCUGAUUGUGAGUUGCCUGCGGGAUGUAAUACAAAGAGUGUAAAGCAUCAGUGCUCACAGAGUGGGAUAUACAAAUUUCUUACGAAUUAUUUUGGAGUAGAGUGUACAAGCUCGAGCAUGAAUGACGAGUUUGUGGAUUCGUUGGAGGCAUUCAAGAGAAUCGAGCGGAUGUCCGACUUUCCUUUCAACGAGCCUGUGCAGUAUUCGAAAGGGAACGGAGUGAUGUUUUCGCUUUCCAGGAUGGAGGAUGUUGGGAACCACAACAGAAAAGUGUUUGAAACAAUAACGAAGCUGAGGAAAGAGAAGAAUGCACUUACAUAUAUAAAGAACCCAAUGUUUUUUGAAGAAAGCUCUGCUGAGGAGGAUUAUGAAGGAGAUACGCAGGCGAUUAGGGAGAUUGUUGGGUGUGCACACUAUGAGGGAGGAAAGUACAAGUUUCUUUGUGAUCUUGUUCUGAGAGGAGGGUCUAGAAAGAGCCGUAACUACAUAAAUAUGAGGCGGGGAAAGCGAACAAUCUUCAGGCAUCUUGAUGGAGAGCAGAUAAGGAUGAUGCACAGCAAAGGGGAAGACGUGGUUUACAUGCUUGUUAUGAAGACGAUGGCGAUAUAUAAGCUUGUAUGCAGACAUCCAAGCAUUGCUCUGAAUAUAUAUGAGCAUUUGAAAAGAAACGACCUAGUUGAUGAUGCGAAGAGAUUUUGUAACUGA